AAGGGAUCCUUAGACCAGAACAGGUUUUAGGGAGCAACAAGACAUAGGAGAUGUGUGAGGGUUUGCAGAGGGACUACCAGAUUUGCGAAGAGAUCGGUCGGGGAAGAUUCGGUACAGUCUAUCGGUGCUUCUCGCAGGAAUCCGGUGAAUUCUUCGCUUGCAAGUCGAUCGACAAGCGUCUUUUGGCCGACUCCAUCGAUCGAGAAUGCUUGGAGAAAGAAACCAAGAUCAUGCUCCUCGUCAGCGGGAACCCUAACGUUGUCCAACUCUUUAACGUUUACGAGGACGACGCUUAUCUUCACAUGGUGAUGGAGCUCUGCGGCUCUUCCGAUCUUUACGAGCGUGUUUCCAAGAGGACUUUCUCCGAGGCUGAAGCGGCUGCCGUUAUGUCGCCGUUGAUGGAUGCCAUCGCUUAUUGUCAUAGGCGUGGUGUUGCUCAUCGGGAUAUCAAGCCGGAUAAUGUGCUCUUUGAUGAUCGCAACAUACUGAAGCUCGCGGACUUUGGUUCAGCCGAUUACUUUCACGAGGGGCGAUCCAUGAGGGGGAUCGUUGGGACUCCUUACUAUGUGGCGCCGGAGGUGCUGUCCGGAAGGGAUUACAAUGAGAAAGUGGAUGUGUGGAGCGCGGGGGUCAUUAUGUACAUAAUGUUGGCCGGAAUCCCUCCGUUCUACGGUGAGUCAGCGACUGAGAUAUUCGAGGCGGUGCUUCGUGCCAAUCUUCGUUUUCCGACUCGGAUCUUCCAUUCUGUUUCCCCGGCGGCCAAGGAUCUUUUACGGAGGAUGCUUUGCAAGGACGUCUCGAGGAGAUUCUCUGCGGAGCAAGUUUUAAGACAUCCAUGGAUCACAAGUGGAGGAGGAACGAGAUUGCUGAGCGACUUGGCUUAGAGCAAAAGAACAGAGGACCGAAAAAAGCGACUUCUAUAAAAAGUGUAAAGCGUGUAUCGGAUCGAAGGAGGUGUUGAGCUAUUGUACAUAUGCGCUUGUAGACGUCUCGUGUGGACUCGGGCUCGGCUCUUCUUGGAAGUCAGAUGGUUCCAGAAACCGAUUAUUCCAAGCAAGGAGUGGAAACUCCAGGAAAACAGCAAAACAGUUAAACAGGACAUCGGAGACUCUGAAAUCAGCCAAGACGGAGCACUACUGUUUUGUUUCUUUUUUUUUUCCUUUGUUUUUUGUUGUUGAGCGAGUUGUUUGAGAGACUUCUGGAGGAAGAGACUGUAGAUAUAUACGAAGUUGGUAAUGAAUACGGUUAUGAAAAUCUCCCCUUGUGCCAUGAUU